AGUAUUAGAUAGAUAUAAAAUUCAUGGAGGAAUAAAGCUCACUGUUGCGACGCAGUGUCCUUCCUUCCUUCCUACUUCCCAGUUGAGCAUCCCCCAACCUCUCUCUCUCUCUCUCUCUCUGUUUGUUACCAAAAGCUUGCGAUCUGAUUAAAUUAAGCUUUUAUCUGGCCAAAACCCAGAUCAGAGAGUGAGCGAGCCAGAGUCGUUCCUUCCUAUGAGAAAGGACCGGACGGAAAUGUCCGAAGACGACGAUCGGUCCCCUCCCUUGGAUCUUCGCGGGGCGGACAUCGCCGAGUCCUCCAACAAGACCCGGAACUGCAGCGGAGUGUCCGGUUCUGGGGGUCCUGUGCCGGGACCCGGUCCCAGUUCCAUGGAGUUUCAGGCCCCCUACCCGGACCAAGUGCUCGAGAACGUGCUCGAAAACGUGCUCCAGUUCCUCAGCUCCCGGCGGGACCGUAACGCGGCCUCAUUGGUAUGCAGGUCGUGGUGGCGCGUGGAGGCGCUCACUCGAUCCGACCUCUUCAUUGGCAACUGCUACUCGGUCUCGCCACGGCGGGCCACGGCCCGGUUCACCCGGGUCCGGUCCGUCUCCAUCAAGGGAAGGCCGAGGUUCGCGGACUUCAACCUGAUGCCGCCCGAUUGGGGGGCUCACUUCGCCCCUUGGGUGACGGCCAUGGCGUCUGCCUAUCCCUGGCUAGAGAAGGUUUACCUAAAGCGCAUGUCCGUCACGGACGACGAUCUGACCCUACUUGCCAAGUCCUUCCCCUCUUUCAAAGAGCUCGUCCUCGUCUGCUGCGACGGCUUCGGUACCAGUGGCCUCGCCGUCAUCGCCAGCAAGUGCAGACAACUGAAAGUCCUUGAUCUGAUCGAAUCCGAGGUCACGGAUGAUGAGGUUGAUUGGAUUGCUUUUUUUCCGGAGAGUGGAGCGACCUGUCUGGAGUCACUGAUCUUCGAUUGCGUAGAAUGUCCAAUAAAUUUUGAUGCAUUGGAGAGGCUGGUGGCUAGGUCGCCAUCAUUGAAGAAGCUUAGGUUGAAUCGCUUUGUUUCUAUUGGGCAGUUAUAUCGCCUGAUGGUACGUUCUCCGCAGCUCACACACCUUGGAACUGGCUCUUUUAGUGCAUCAGAGGGCAUGGCUCAUGGUGAACAAGAACCCGACUUUUUCACUGCCUUUGCUGCUUGCAGAUCCUUAGUUUGUCUCUCGGGAUUCAGGGAAAUCUUGCCAGAUUACUUACCAGCCAUCCACCCAAUCUGUGCUAAUCUUACCUCCCUGAAUUUUAGCUAUGCGAAUAUUAAUGCAGAUCAACUCAAAUUAGUCAUAUUUCACUGCCACAAACUCCAGAUUUUCUGGGUCCUUGAUUCAAUAUGUGAUGAAGGACUUCAAGCUGUGUCUUCAACCUGCAAGGACUUGCGUGAGCUUCGUGUUUUCCCUUUUGACGCUCGGGAGGAUAAUGAGGGCCCUGUUUCUGACGUGGGCCUCCAGGCAAUUUCUGAGGGCUGUAGGAAAUUACAAUCGAUUUUGUAUUUCUGCCAGCAUAUGACAAAUGCGGCAGUGAUAGCCAUGUCAAGGAAUUGCCCGGAUCUUGAGGUGUUCCGUCUCUGUAUAAUGGGGCGACAUCGCCCAGACCGUGUGACCGGUGAACCCAUGGAUGAAGGUUUUGGAGCCAUUGUUAUGAACUGUAAGAAGCUAACUAGGCUUGCUGUAUCCGGUUUACUGACUGAUCGUGCUUUCAGUUAUAUUGGAAAAUAUGGGAAACUGGUUCGUACCCUGUCAGUUGCUUUUGCUGGAGACAGUGACAUGGGGCUUAAAUAUGUGCUAGAGGGCUGCCCUAGACUGCAGAAGCUUGAGAUCAGGGAUAGCCCAUUUGGGGAUGCAGCUUUGCGUUCUGGUUUGCAUCACUAUUACAACAUGAGGUUCCUUUGGAUGUCUUCAUGCAGGUUAUCUCCCCAAGGUUGUCAGGAGAUUGCUCGAGCAUUGCCCCGCCUGGUGGUGGAAGUAAUCAGGGAUGAUGCUAUUGAGCACACAGAUGAGACUGUUGACAUAUUGUACAUGUAUCGGUCUCUUGAAGGCCCCAGGGAUGAUGCCCCAGGAUUUGUGACCAUCUUGCAAUAAAAGAAGUUGAUUCGGCUGUUUGGUGGCUACCAAGCAAGCUAAAAACAUUUUUGUGGGAAAAUUGAAGAUGGCGGGUGGCUUUUAUAUGACCCGCAAGGAGGUCCCUGCAACCAUCGUCUGUCAGACAAAUAUGAGUGAACAACUGCUGUUCCUGGCUUGAGCAGUUGCAAAAGCAUCCAUAACAGAAGCGAGGUAUUGGACUGUCCAAUAUUGUUCUAUUGGUACGCUUCUCAAAUUUUAUGUUUCUUUUGCUUUCACAUUCGUUUUAUCAUAAACAAAGGCUGCCAGAAGAGGAGAAGGGGGGAGCGGUUGUCAAGCUGGGAGGGGUUUUCAAGCUACAUUGAUAAUUUAAAAUAUGAGAGUUUAAACGUGGAUAGUAUUAUUUAUGAGGAGAUGGAGAUGGGUCUUGAAGAAAUGGAGAUUCAGAAAGGUGAAAUUUCGAACUUAUCUUCCAUGCCACCAGUAGAGAAGCAGGAGCUAGUGUUCACUCUCGAGAAAACUUAAAUCUGUUUAUUUUGUGAUUCAAAUGGUAGCUAGUUUAAGCUGUAGCUGCUGAGAACUAAAUGCCCAGGCUAAUGCAUCUCUUUCUCUUUCCAAGUGCUUGUUUUUUUCAGAUGUGUUGUAGCACCUGACUGUUGAAUUUAUUAUUGUUAUUGUUAGCAAAUGUGAGAUGGGAAAUAAAUG